AUGUUUUGUUUUGGAGAUCGCGCACUGGGAUGGCCUAAAUACUCAAAAGUGAUGGCGGGUGCGCUUGAAGGUGAUACAUUCAUUGGAAACAAAGCUCAAGAGAAUAGAGGUCUUCUAAGGUUAAGAUAUCCAAUUGAGCACGGUAUCAUACAGAAUUGGGAUGAUAUGCAAAAAAUAUGGUCUUCUGUGCUACAAAAUGAAUUGAAAACAAGUCUUGAAGAUCAUCCUGUUUUAUUAACUGAAGCACCAUUAAACCCUAAAAGACACCGUGAUAAAUGUGCACAAAUUUUCUUUGAAACUUAUAGUUGUCCAGCUUUAUACAUGUCAAUCCAAGCAGUUUUGGCUCUUUAUGCUUCAGGGAGAACCACAGGUGUUGUGCUUGAUUCAGGUGAUGGUGUCAGUCAUUCAGUCCCUGUGUAUGAAGGGUUUUCAUUACCAAAUGCUAUAAAGAGAAUAGAUGUUGCAGGUAGAGACGUUACAGAACAAUUACAAUUAUUAUUACGUAAAAAUGGUUAUUUAUUACAAACAAGUGCUGAAAAGGAGAUCGUUCGUUUAAUAAAAGAAAAAACAUGUUAUGUAUCAAUUGAUCCACAAAAGGAUGAAAAAGAUUGGUACUCAUCAUCAUUUGGAUUUGAAACUUCACAAACUACAAACAAAAAUGUUGAAUUAUAUAAACUACCCGAUGGGAAAACUAUUGAAAUUGGUGCUGAAAAAUUUAGAUCAGCUGAAAUAUUAUUUCAACCUGAGAUUAUUGGGUCAGAAUUUCCAGGGAUUCAUGAAAUGGUUUUCGAUUCUAUAGGGAAAGUUGAUUUAGAUUUAAGAAAUUCAUUAUAUCAAAGUGUUGUGUUGAGCGGCGGUACUACGUUAUUGAAAGGAUUUGGUGAUAGAUUAAUCAAUGAAUUGAAAGUAAUGACACCAAAGGGGACUAAAAUAAAGAUAUUCGCACCACCAGAAAGAAAAUAUAGUACAUGGAUUGGUGGAUCAAUUCUUGCAGGGUUAAGUACAUUUAAAAAAGUAAGUUAUUUUCUUGUUAAGUGUCUUAUGUUAUUAGUUUACUAA